AAAGCCUUUGAUUCCGUUUCUCACAACAUCAUUUGCAAGAAGUUAGGAAAAACCAACAUUAAUCCAUAUGUAAUAAAUUGGAUUAGAAAUUUUUUGACUGAUAGGAGACAAAGAGUAAUAGUAAACGGAAUAGAAACAAAUUAUGUAGACAUAAACAAAGGAGUACCGCAAGGCACAGUUCUUGGACCAUUUCUAUUUUCCUUAAUGAUAAAUGAUCUAACAGUCAAAGAUCCAAAUAACAACAUACUAGUCAAAUUUGCAGAUGAGAUGACUGUUAGCGCUCCAGUGAAAAAUAAUUAUGACUCCGCACUAGCUGAGGUAGACAAUAUUGAAAAAUGGACGGAAACAAACAGAAUGUCAUUAAAUCUAGAUAAAACAUGGGAAAUGGUUGUAAGUGGCAAAUCAACAACUCCUUUACCAGAACCAAUAACGGGUAUCGAACGCAAGACUUGGCUGAAACUAUUGGGAACCACACUGCAGAAUGAUCCAAAUUGUUGGGACCUUCAAGUUAAUAAUUUGAUAUCUAAAGCUAGUAGUCGAAUGCACAUCUUGAGAAUAUGCAGAUCGUAUGGCUACUCUAAAAAAAAAUUUAACAAUUCUCUUCGACGCACUUAUUAUGUCUUUAUUUUCUUAUGGAAUCGAAGUAUGGGGUUCUGCACUUGA